CUCGAUUGUUCAUGCCAUCAUCACUCCUCCCACAUUGAAGUCGCCUGGGCACUCAUCAGUCGCCGCUAGAGAUACCGGUAUCUGCUUGGGUUUUCAAUCCUUGGCGGCUACAGAGUGAUCCGGUUUGGAUGUAGUUGGCAUCACUUCUGUGGAUUGCGCGACAAUCCGCAUCAACGACCACAUUCUGUUCGCCGCAUCAACGACACCAUUCUGUCGUUUCGCAACAUGCAUUUAUUCAAUCAUGCGCUCCUCAUGGCCGCCACUGUGGUCGCUGCCCUCGCUGACAUCGUGCCUUCGAACUCGACGAGCUUCUCGAACACUUUUACAUACAAAUUGUCUUUCUCAGGCGCAGCACGCCAGUUUACUGUCCAGCCACUCACCCCUCUAGACACAAUUCAGUUUCAGGGUCUGUCAGGUUAUCCAUUUCUGGCCGAUGUCAGCAACUACACAAAACUCGAUCAGCGAUACAUAGCACUGAUCUCCUGCGAUGCGUCGUCCAAUUCGGCUCCACCAAGCAUGAUAUUCGAUCAAGCCAUAAAUUUUCAAGCACUGGCGGUCGUCUUGUACUCCAUCACCUCGACAAGCUGCAAUCUCACCAAUUACAGCGGAUCAUACUCAAACAUCUUCACUACGGACAAUGCCGGGGACGCCGCUUCUCUGCUCGCAGCUGUGAUCCCCAACGCCGUGAUACAUGCUGACCUCAGCCGGAUACCGGGCAACUCCUCGCCCAAUGGCAACGGCGGUUCGGGUGCUAUGAUGAUUCCUCCAAACACCAACAUCGCCAUGAUCAUUUUGUAUUCCAUUACCGGACUCGUGACAGCGCUCUUCCUUGCCAUCAUCGUGACAGGGGCCAUACGCGCGCAUCGUAAUCCUGAACGAUACGGCCCGCGCAAUGUUACCGGACGGCCGCGUCAAAGUCGCGCACGUGGGCUGGCAAAAGCCAUGCUGGAUACAUUGCCAAUCAUCAAGGUCGGCGAAAGACAAGAGAAUGCGAAACCGACUGAUGUGGAGAUGGUCGAGGGCACACAUGGGCCUGCUGAGAUGCUGCCAGCAUCGGGCAGUUCGCAGACAAACCGUCAAGCUUCGCACUUCGAGACUGCUGCAGAGGGCGUGAUUGGAGGAAAGCAGGCAAGCUUAAACAUUGCCGGACGAGAGGAGACAGCAGCGGCUAGUGUAACGCAGCAAUCGCCUGAACUACCGGAGAGUCAAGGCUGCAGUAUCUGUACGGAUGAGUUCGAGCUGGGCCAAGACCAGCGCGUGCUGCCAUGCGACCAUCGAUUCCAUCCAGCGUGUAUUGAUCCUUGGCUGCUUAACGUUUCCGGAACGUGUCCGCUGUGUCGCAUCGAUUUGCGACCAAAGGAUCAGCGAGACGAACUGGAAGUUGACGAUCCCGAUCGCGAUGGUGCUGGAUUCGCCCCGCCUCUCAACCCAGCGGAAGAAGGGCAAAGAAAUUGGCGGGCUAGCCUUCGUCACCGAAUACUUCUCGGAACCGGCAGAGAGGAUCGUCUCAACGCGCUGCGAGAGCUGCGACGUGGUAAUCCGGCUGGGCCGAGGACCGACACACAUCCCUCACAGGAUGAAGAAGCGGAAUCCAACAUUCGCCGGCGCUUGCGAAAUACUCUUCGCGUGCGCACUCGACGCAUUGGCGAGGCGGAUCAGGAGCACGCAGAGACCUCCCCGCCGCGCGAGAAUGUAUCGGGGCCUUCACGCCCGGCAUAGACACGAUUCAAUGACUUGUUCUACACACUCUUUUUGCAGCACAAUGGCGACGGGAGCCGAGCAGACGAUUUUCACAGAGAUUCCCCAUUUUGUCCCUGCAUUUGAUUUACAUUCAUGUCCAUAAUGAUUCAAUAUGAUAUACGAACCUACAAUUCAAGCAGAUUCACAUCUC